AAAAAAAAUGGCCGGUAUACUGUUUGUGGUGCACAUUCCAUCGGCGCGUUAUGAGCGGGAGCUUCGGCGCAAGGAGCAGGAACAGCUAGCGAAAACGACGUCUGUUACAACCGAGGAUGAAAAGGAUUCCGAGCGACCGUCCGGCAAAUCGGAGGAAAUGGAACCCUUCGUAACGCCACAGCCCAAAAAAGCUACAUCAAAGAUUCCAAGAUCCAGCAACAUAAUAAAAGCGUCCGAAGAUGAGGGUAAGAAAGCGGAACCGGGCGGCCCACCAACGAUCAAGUUUAUCGAUCAGGAUGGUGAAGAGAUAGCGACCCAAGUGGCCGAUACGAAGGACGACGAGGGUAAGGAUGCCGGCGAAGAUGGUGAUAAGGGAAAGGAGAAAAAAUCCAACUUCCUGGCGGAACCGUUCGAUCGGGCGUCCGCUUUGCGUAAGUCGUGGGAUGGCUUUAAGGAUCUUAUCGGUUCGGCACGGAAAGAGAAGACGGCACGUGAGGAAGCGGCCGAAAAGCUAACCCUUACCGGUGAAUCCUCGAUGGAAGAGAUAUUGAAAACAAUUAUCUCGGAAAAACGCAUCCACACUGCCGCUUGGAUCGAAACCGAUAAAGGAAACGGAUUUCAUAUCAUGUUUUCGAUCGAAUCGGGCCCGAUUGGUGACGAUAUCAUCUAUAUGCUCAGCUCGUGGGGCGUUGGUCAACGGUUCAAUUCGACCAUCUCGAUCACGUCAUGCACGCUCUACAGUCAACCACCGGAGGCUCCUGAAGAAACGGAAGAGGAUGGUGCACCUGGUGAAGCGAACCGAAACGCCGAGGGUGGCGCGUGGAACACCUUCCUAUCGACCGUCCGCGCACGGCUAAACGUGGCACAGAUCGUGGAGGAAGUAAAGCACGAUGCACAAGUGUCGUUCGAUUUCGUAUCGAUGCUUGCGGUUGCCAGCAUUUUGGCUGCAUUCGGAUUGGUUGAGGACAGUUCCGUUUUCCUCAUCGCCAGUAUGCUGAUUUCUCCGUUGAUGGGUCCGAUUAUUGCGGUUAUUUUCGGAACGGUAGUCAAAGAACGAACUCUCCAGCUGAUUGGUUUGAAAAAUGAAAUUAUCGGCAUUAUGCUGACCGUUACGGUGGGCUUCAUCUUUGGCUUGAUCGUGUGCAGCAUUGACGAUCGGUACAGUGUUGGCGAGGGCAUUACGCACGAAAUGUUGGCCCGUUGCGAAACACAUUCGCUGCUGGUCGGUAUUGCGAUUGCGCUACCAUCCGGGGCAGCCGUUGCGAUUGCGAUUUUGGGCGAAAACAUUGGUUCCCUCGUCGGUGUUGCUAUCUCGGCAUCGCUGCUUCCGCCGGCAGUAAAUGCGGGCGUACUGUGGGCUUUAUCGUGUCUCUACUUCCUGUUUGGAUCGGAAGAAUCUCGCUACGGAACUCUGAUCAAAACACAAAUCUACUCCGAAAAUCAGGGAAUCGAACUGUUCACCCUCGGAUGCAUGAGCAUGUCCUUGACGUUGCUCAACAUUUUCUGUAUCUAUCUGGCCGGUGUAAUAUUCUUGAUCAUCAAAGAGGUAGCACCGGUAGUACCUAAAGAUCAGAAACAGUUCUGGAAGCACGACAUCAAGAUUGCCCGCGACUACAACCGAACGCUGCACACUACCGAUGGUCAUUCGAUGAGCAAAAAUCUCAUGCAGGAGCUAACAUCUCUUCACCACAACAACGACACAACCGGUGGGUUGCGGGGUGAUUAUUUGCUAAAUUCGGCCUCUAAAGGAAAUCAGAAUACCUGGUCCCCGAGACACAACUACCAUCAGCGAGAUCAUAGACCCACGAUCCAGGAGUUGGAAGCACUUUAUCUAAGCUUGUCGGCUAAUACUAGUGAAAAUCAGUUCCACUACUCUUCACACCAUGCCGGACCUCAUUUCGCGCACUUUGAACGACUGUCCACCUCACCCACACAACAUCGGCGCAUGAAUCCCACGAACCCGAUCAACAUCCACGGUGGAAUCUCACGGCACAGUCGCUUCUCGGAAUCGUUGCGCGGAGCAUCCGCCCCGCUGUCCAAAAUACUGGAGGAUGUGGCCGCCGGUACGUCCGGUGCCAAGGGUGACACUAGUCACGGUGUGCACCACGGUGAGCGUGGUGCGAAAUCGACGAGAAGUUACGGUUUGCCGGGAUUCAAGCGCAGCUCGAAAAAGUUCACCGUUACCCCGGCUUACGAUCCGAUCCAGAAGGAGUAAGAGAGUCUUCCCGCUGGGCAGAUCUUUUUCCGCUGCUACAAAAUG